AUGCACAAGAUAUACGAUAAGUUACCUCCAGGGGUAAGUUGAUACAGUUUAAAGUUUGAUUUAAAGUAUUGUCCCACCUACCUUACCUUGCUCUAUUCUAUUAGAUGCCGACAUAAAGAACCCGCCAUACUUUGCCUGUAAUCUCCUGUAAAAAAGCGGGUUCUUUAUGUCGGCACCUAAUAGCUUAAUUUAAUUUUUUACUGUGAUAUAUUUUGAUUGUAAGAUUACCUGGAAUACCCUAACUUAUCGUAUUUUACCUUACCCUGUCCUCAGGGCCGGGCAGGGACUUUUGGUCUGGGGGCGGGGGUUGAAAAAAUCCACAGGGAGGACCAAGUUAAACUUUUUUUUGAAAAUUUUUUUCUGAGGGUGUGGGUCCCCCCCCCCUUACCCUACCCUGUCUUACCCUACCCCACUUUACCCUGUCCUUCCUUACCCUACUCUGCCCUUUAAUAAUCAAAUUUGUAAUUUCAGAGAUGGCCAAUAAUUGUAAAAAACCUCGCGUAUGUUGAAGAUAUAUGUUCUCUGGCCAUGGUAAAUAAAUACAUGUACCAAAUGGUCGGUAAAGACUUCAAAAAAGAAUGCUAUGAGAAUGCCAUCUUCAGACUGGAACUGGAAACAUGGGCUUAUGCUUUCAAACAGUUAGUGCUUUUAUCAUUAUUUACUGUACCAACGGGUGAUUCUGGGGCGGAGAGAAGAGGAGGGGUGGGUAGAGUUGUCAUGUAUCCGAAAUGGGUGAUUUUGGUCCGAAGGGAAGAGGAGGGGAGAGAAAAGGAAGGGAGGUGGAGGGCACAAAAGGAUAGGUGUACCAAUUUUAUUUUUUACUUUGAAGUUCUCAAGCUGUACCAUUUACUCCUGCUUUAUCAAGCCCUACCAUAGUUCUACUUUAGCCCUACUUCUAGCCAUACGUUACCCCUAGCCUUCCGUACUCUUGCCCCAUCAAGCCCUACCACAGUUUUAUUUUACCCCUGCCUCUUAGCCCUACGUUAUCCAAACCUCUAACCUUAACUAGUCCUACUCUUACCUUAUGAAGCCCUGCCAUAGCCCCAAUUUGGUCCAACCUCCCCUUACCCUAUCUGUUUCCUUGCUUACUCGUACCAACCUUAGGCAUACUGUACUGUCUAUCUUUUCCAUCAACUAUAACCAAAACCUAGCUUCCAUAUUAACAUCUUAAGAUACAGGUGUUAAUAUGGAAGCUAGUGGUAUCCUUAGCCUUAUCUCUAGCUCUACCUAAUCUUACUCUUGCCCCGUCAAGCUCUGCCAUAGCCCUACCGAACCCUACUCCUGCCCUGUCGAGCUCUACCAUAGCCCUACCUAGCCCUAACCCUGCCCUGUCAAGUUCUAUUAUAGCCCUACCCAGUGUUUUGCCGGACCCGUCCGGUCCGGACCGGUCCGGAAAAAAAAUUUUUUUUUAUUUUAAUAAAACUGUUUUAAAAAUUGCAAAUAAAACACAUUUUUAAGAGUUUUUAAACGUAAAGAAAGCAGUUUUAGCGCUCCUGGCUCUUUUUAAAAAUAAAAAAAAAAUUUUCCGGACCGGACCGGACCUGGCCUUUUUGGUCCGGACCGGACCUGAGCGAAAAAAAUAGAGCCGGACUGGACCGGACCGAAAAUUUUUCGGACCGGACCGAAAAAAAUUCUCAUCCGGACCGGUCCGGCAAAACACUGGCCCUACCUACCCCUACUCUUUCCCUAUCGAACUCUACCAUAGCCCUGGCUACCCCUACUCUUGGCCUGUCAAGCUCUACCAUAAUCUGAAAUUUGUCGUAAUAUAGUAAAUACCAUACUUUCAGAGUACCCCACCGAGUAAUAAAGCCCCAAUACAUUGGAGACGACCGCUCACCAUCGGAGAUAAGUUGUUGCCCUUUUACUGGGACAAUAGCCAUUGCAGUACCGCUGUUUCAUGUUAUUCUGACACAUAUUGAUUUUACACAGGACAAGUUUGAGUUUCUCGAUUUCACCAAGUAUGAACAGAUUCGAAAAAUUCAGCUGAUCAACCGAAGCAAACAACUACUACUGUACACAGACAUUACGGUCGUUGUUUAUGAUAUGAUGACACGCGAAACAGUACAAGUUUAUGUUUACCAUGCCGAAGAGAGCUACAAUUGUGGCACAGUGUUCCAGCAGAACAAACUAAUCGACUAUCACAAUCAGGCCGACUUUGCUGUGAACUGUAAGGACUAUAGAGAGCCAAUUAGGAUCGGUAACCCAUACGACUACCGAAGAUACAUGGGCUAUGUUAAUAAGAAAGACGAGUUUGUGGUUAUGGACGUUCAGACUGGCAUACCGAGAGAGCUUUGUCAACUUGAUGAGGACAGUGAAGGGUUUUGGAUCCUGGAUUCUAUUGGAUAUGUUGUACAUAGUGGUAGGUUUGUUCACUUUGUCUUUGGCCUCAGCCCUAGCCGCAGUUCACGGCAAUGCUUAAACGUUGCCUUGGCACGUUUAAGCAUAUAAUAUGAGUCUCAUGCUUAGCUUUAGCCCUAGCUUUAGCCCUAUCCAUAGCCUAUGCCCAUAUCAAUUUCCUCGUCCUAGCUCCAACCCCAACCUCAACCCCAGCCCACAACCCUAGUUCGAGCCCCAAGCCCUAAUAUUGGCCCUAGCUCUAACCUUAUUAGCGCGGGCCUUAUCCCUAGCCUUAGACCUAAACCCUAAGGCUAACCACAGCCUCUACGGCUAAGCUAGUCCUAUUAACGUAUAAUAUUACUUUCAGGAAAAAAUUUUGAAAUUUAUAGUCUGGAAACAUACGAAAAGGUAUUUGAAUAUGAAUAUAGCGACGACGAUACUUACGAACCCUUGCAGUUCUUGAGUCAAGACCUGAUAGAUCAUUCAAACCAUGAGCGGGUAGGUCUUUGCUUAUCAAACUGUAACUAUGCUGUUUGAUAAAAAAUCUUCGCUUAUUCAUCCAAAAAUUUAUUUCAAUGAUAAUAUACCAGCUACUAUUAAAUAUACAAAAAUUUUCAGUUCCUGACCUACAACAAUGUCAAAAAUAUAUGGGUAUGGGCAAACAAAAAGGAAAAAAAUUCAGAAGAAACUGAUUAUCCUUUGAUAAAACACUUCUUCGAGCCAUUUCCAUUGAUGAGGUUGUACGAUUAUGGCGAUGAAUUAGUCUAUCUGCUUAAUUUGAACGGUAAGAUCGCUUUAUUCUACCUUAUCAUACUCUAUUUUACCCUACCCUACCCUACCCUAUCCAACCCUACCCUACCAUACCCUACCCUUCGCAACCCUAUCUUUUCGUUAAAGUAAGCCUUUGGUUCUACCCUACCCUGUCUUAUCCUACGGUUUUUGCCCUACCGGUCUUUGUCAUCAUCAUUAUACGGAGUGCCCUAGCCUUUCAUUACAGUAGCCCAUUAGUCUAGAAAUUAAAAAUUUUAUUAGGGCUUGAACUAUUGCACUUUGUCGACGUAAACCCAGUCCACUUUUCCUCCUCUCCUCUUUUCUCUCCCCCCCCCUCUCUCAAUUCUGACCCACCCUACACUACCUUGCUUUAUCCUCCUCUACCCUACCCUAUCGUACUUUACCCUCUCUUCUUCUACCUUUCCCUGUCUUCCUGUAUCUUAUCCUUUCCUCCUCUAUCCUACCCUGUCCUCCUUUACCAUGCCCUCUCUUCUUCUACCUUACCUUGUCCUCUACCCUACCCUGCUAACCAACGUUAACAUAACCAACCCAUUUCAGGUAGUAGCUUCAUAAAACUAUUCAAACGACAAUGCCUGCAACCUCCACUAUGUUCUAUAGAAAAAUUCAUUGGAAUCGAGUUGAUGGUCGACGUAACCAACAUAGAAAACAUCGAGCCAGAAGAAGCGGUCGAAAAGAAAGCCAGGAACAAAUUUAUGGCACGGCUGGAUGUGAUCAAAUUCAUCCACGAUAACAUGUUUGACAGGCAGUCGCCCGAACUCCCACAACCACCUCAAAAUCGGAUCACGCGCCCACCAUUUAGGGAAAUAAAAUUAAAAAGGCCGUUCGUCCGACGAUGA